AUGGCCGCCCAUCCCUCGCCUCAAGACCCGGUCGAUGACGACACUGGCAAGGCACUGAGCCACAGCCCGCCCGCCGAUCCCCGUGGAAGAUUCGACGGCGUCAAACGGCAGCCCGUCACUGCACGCCGCAAGCGCAUUACAACAACCAUUAAUACACUUAUGUCCGAAGGCCGAAACAAUCGAGCACACACGGAAGAACCUCCGUACUACGGUGUACUGCCUGUACUGCCCGUACUGCCCUCGCACAGAAUGCGAAUGCGCUGGUCUGAAGCAGAAGCCCUGUCCUCGAUUCGAAUCCGGGGUACUCACGGCUCUCACCACGCUCUUCAGACCAAUGCUCUGGCCGAAGGAGGUUUCAUUGCCGACUUGGACUCUCUUCAAUAUUUUGUAUACACUUUCCGCGCAACAGAUACAUCAUCCGAAACCAGCCGCUUGUCUCCCACGCCCUACGAGGCUACACAACGGUUCCAGCCACAGGCACCGCUCGUAUUGCGCAGGGAGUCUGACACAAUCAAAUAG